UUAAAAGAUAUUUUUUGUUUUUGUUAGAAGAAAAAAGUAAUGGCAGACGAGCCAGUUAUACUGACAUUUUCUUUAGUAGAAAUCUACUGCUCAUUGUUAUUCUGAGUGUAGAUGAUGAUGAUGAUAUGGUUAAGGCAUGCUUCAAGAAGUGAUUUCCUGUGCGUAAGAUUUUUCUUAGCACCAAGCUUGAGCAGUAUCAUCUUCUUGUGAGGAUCGCAGAUGAAGAAAACCCAAGACAUGGCGUUCAAAUUUGUUACCAGAUUCACUCUCCAUCGCUUCACAUCAAUCCCUAAGCAAGUCCUUUCAAUCUCAUCUCACAAAAUCCAAUCUUUAUCCACAACACCCGACUCUCUGUUCCCGGUUCCUCAGAAUCAAUCCGACUACAGGAAAAGUAUUUCUCUUGCUAAUCUCCUGCAAAGGUACGGUUUCCCUCCUUCUCAACUCCCCAGCUUUCUCUCAAAAUACCACUUUCUGUUGAAUUCAGAUUUGAACGAGCUCGAGAGGUCUUUGGCUGUUAUUUUAUCUUUUAAAAUUCCGCAGAAAUCGUUCGUUUCACUCAUACACAACUGUCCCGGGAUUUUAGAUUCCCAGUUCUUGCGGAAAUGGAAAGAGAGUGUUCCGAAAUUUGAGGAAUUUGGUCUCUCACCAUCUGUUAUUACCAGUGUACUUGAACAUUGUAGGAGAUUCCAGAUUGACCCGGAUAGGUUUUUCGAGAGAGUGGUUGUUUUAGAAGGUUUAGGGUUUAGUGACAGUACGGUGAGUAGGGUUUUAACAGAGUUUCCUAAGGUGAUUACGAUGAAGGAGAUUGAAAUCAACAGGAGAACUGAAUUUCUGGUGGGAAUUGGAAUUAGCAAGGACGUAAUUGAAUGGGUUUUCAAUUGGUUUCCGGGAAUUUUAGGAUUCAGCGUUGAAGAUAAGCUAAAGCCAUUGCUUGAGGAGUUUCAGAAUUUGGGUUUCAGCAGAGAUGAGAUUAGGGAAGAAAUUCUUAGAGAGCCCAGAAUUCUUGGUAUGGAAUUAGGGGAACUUUCACGGUGCUUUCAACUGUUGAGGAGCUUGAAAUGUCGUGAACCUAUUAAAGAGAAGAUUUUCAAUGGAGGAGCAUUUAGAGCUGGGUUUGAAGUGAAACUAAGAGUUGAUUGCUUGUGCAAACAUGGGUUGAUCCGUAGAGAAGCCUUUAAGGUUCUGUGGAAAGAACCGAGAUUGAUCAUAUAUGAGAUAGAAGAAAUUGAGAAGAAGAUUGAGUUUCUCUUGAAUAGGAUGAGAUUUGAUAUUGGUUGUUUGGUUGAGGUGCCAGAGUAUUUGGGUGUCAAUUUGGAGAAGCAGAUAAUUCCUCGGUACAGUGUCAUUGAAUUUUUAAGCUCCAAAGGUGGACUUGGUUGUGAUAUAGGAUUGAAGGAUCUGAUAAAGCUGAGCAGGCUUAGAUUCUACAAUUUAUAUGUGAAACCGUAUCCUGAGUGUGAAAAACUUUUUGGAAGGUUUGCCGGAGAUGUUGUAAUCCAGAGACAACGGCAUCCAGAUGGGCUGUGGAAGCUUUUUAAACCACCAAGCUACCCACAAUCAAAAGAAGAUGUCAAGAAUAUCAGGUGCUUUGUUGAGUCACUGGUUUAAUGAAGAAUGACUGGAGACUGGACGGGAGAUUUUGUUGGUUCACUUGGAUAUCAAAAUGGACCAUAUUACAUUCUUCGGAAGAGAAUGAUAGACCAUAUGUGCAAUGAACUGGAUGAAUGACCAUUAUCAUUGUUGAACAGAUGAUGAAUCACAAGCAGGUGAAAUGAUGGUGGAAGUUCAUGGUUGUUCAUGAUUUUCUCCUUGUGGAGGAAUACCGGGUGGGCAUUUGGCACCUGAACUAGCAGUCGGCACUGACAGUAUUAUCUAAGUCGUGAUUGAAUGUUGCAGCUCUUCACUGGAAUUGAAUUAGUUCCUUGCUGAUCUGCAUCUCCACCAAGAUAUUCUAAGCCAGGUUUAAGCCUGAGAGUUUUUUAAUCCAACUGUAAGGUGCUUCAGGCAUUAGAUCAUACUAGUCGUACCCAAUGUAAGCUCCUGAGAAACAUAUUUAUGUUUAUGUAAUAUAGGUUUUGUCUAUACAAUGAAGCAUUACUGAAGUUCCUUUUGCAGAUUUGUCAGCUGCUAAGUUGGUAACCUAAGAAUUGUGUAUCAGGUUUUUUCCAUACUAAACCCAGAAAUUUUGUGAAA